GCAAAUACCCCAAACUUUCUUACCUCUUCCUUCUUCCUUCUUCCUUCUCUUAUAGUCCAUCUCUUUAAUCUUACGCUUAUUAACAAUUAAUAUCCCUCCAUAAAACCCUCUCUAUUUCUCUCAUAUUAACCCUUCCAAAAUACCAACUUUUUUUGCCACCUUUUCCUCUUCAAGAAAUCUAGGAAUUGAAUAAUUGAAACGACAUGUCGAAUCCUCUGUUUCUCUCGCGACGAUGCCUCUUCUCCAUCUUCUUCAUCGCUCACCUCUUCCACCUAUCCCAUGGAGAUGUCGGCACUGCAACAACUUAUGGUCCUCCUUACACACCCACCGCUUGUUUCGGAAACGAUCUGUCGAUGUUUCCGACGAACAACAUGUUCGGGGCAGCCGGAGAAGGAAUAUGGGACAAUGGAGCGGCUUGUGGAAGACAAUACCGAGUGAGUUGCUUUAGUUCCGCCGUACCGGACUCGUGUGUUUCUGAUCAGACGAUUAUGAUCACGAUCGUGGAUCGUGCGGUUUCGACGUCUUCGAAAGCAUUGGUGGCGGAUACAACGAUGACGUUGUCAAGGAUGGCGUAUAAAGUGAUCGUUCAAAAAAAUACGCCGCUGGUGACCGUCGAAUACACGCAGAAUUGAAUUGAAAAUUCAGAGAGGAAAGGAAAUGGGAAUUAUAUAUGAUAUGUAUGAAUUUCGUGUUUUUUAUUAUCUUCUUUUUGGUUUGUUGCUGACUGGUUCCAAAUUGUAGAACUGUGAAGAAGAUGAAAGUACGUCCAUGUGUUGGGUUUCCGCCAUUGACACAUACAACUGAUUUCUUCUACGAGUAUUUAAAUUAUAGUACUGAAAAAAUAUAACUACAAAACAAAGUUUUACACUGUUUGUUGUUAAAUUCUUAAGUUAUUUUAUUUGUGACAAUAUAUAUAUGACGUUGUUAGAA